AUUAGCCAAUCGAACGAGGGUGCCUUUCGUUUGGAGGGCUGGAAGGGCAAUGUAAUCCGCCCUCGGACGUCGCUCACAGGGACGCCUUGCAAUUGUGCGGACUGCUGAGUGACGACGACGGGCCCCAGUGUGAGAUGCCGAAAGAGGACAGCUGAAAUCAUUCAACAACAGCCGCUUCUCGCACUGUAAUCUCGUCUGCAUCCCCGGUUAUUCAGCGACAUCUAUCUUCUGUGAGGUGUACCUCGCUGAAAAUCAUUAUUUCCUUUGGCGGUUUGUCGUAAGAGAGUACCGAAGGAUUGCUGCGUUUCAGGUAGCCGCCCGUUGCAGAUCAAGACAGCCCCAUAUGCGGGAAACGCCUUGACUUGACGUCGGCCCCUAUGGACAGCAAACUAUGUCAAAAUUCCUCUGACGCGUCUUCUCAAGUUGAUCAUUUGCAGCCUUACUGGAGAGGUUGUUGAGCACAUCAUUAUCCAAGAAAAUACUGCCAGAAAGGCACAAUCGCCCAUCGACAUAUAUCACACACCUGUGCAACAGCAUUUUCCCUGCGAUCCUGCACCAAGCCGCACAGGGUUCGACGGCCCUGCGAUCGGCGUCAAUCAUCUGAACUGAUCAAUCUCAACUUAACUGCCUUCAACACCUGGAUCCCUACCUUUCCCUCAGCCACCGGACAUUGCCCCUUCCUACAGAAAUGUCGUCCCCGGUGCCGCUUCUUCGGCCACCUGUGCCUGGUGGUCGAAGUCAGAGCGGUAGCCGGACCCCUCGUUUAACGCUCGGAAUCCCUCCAUCACCGAACCAGAAACCCGUCAGCGGAGAAGCCGAGCCAGUGACUGAAGUCCCACGAUUCAGUUUGGCUGCAAAGGGUCCGCCAAAGCUGUCCCUAGCCACGCCCAUGGGAGGUCAAGGUUCGGUUCAAGAAGGAGGAACAAAUUUGAGACCGCAAAUACAACCAUUGAAUAUAAGUGCUGUCAACAACAACGAUGCUGGCACCAGACCAAGAGGAGACAGCUUUCAUAAUGCCAGUGUCCCGGGCUCUGCAUCCUCGUCCACAUACUCUGCUUUGUCCUUCACAAUGCAAGGCAGGACAGGAAGUACUCCAGAUCCGUCCUCAGCCAUUAGCUCAAUAUACUCGGAAGCCAGUAUAGGAGGAGCAUCAAUGGAGAGGGAGUCGAGUAUGGGCGGGCUGUCUAUCGACUUUGAGAAGCUCACGAUAGAAAAGGGCAGACCGCUUGAUGUUGAUGACCUGGAUGAUGAAGGGUGGGGAGCAGCGAGUGAUCAGAAAAAGAUCAUUGAGCUUGGCUCGUUGGGGGAGGGUGCUGGUGGUGCCGUCACGCGGUGUAUGCUCGAAGGUGGAAAGACCAUCUUUGCGCUGAAGAUCAUCACAACAAGCCCUGACCCGGAUGUUAAGAAACAAAUCCUACGAGAGCUGAAAUUUAACAAGAACUGUACGUCAGAAUAUAUCUGCCAAUACUAUGGCGCCUUCAUGGAUAAGUCAUCGAGCACAAUAUCAAUAGCGAUGGAAUUCUGUGAAGGUGGCAGUCUUGAUAGUGUAUACCGCGAAGUCAAGAAACUCGGUGGCCGGACAGGUGAGAAGGUGCUGGGGAAAAUAGCCGAAGGUGUUCUACACGGCCUCACAUACCUCAACAGCCGGAAAAUUAUUCACAGAGACAUCAAGCCCUCAAACAUCCUGCUCUGCCGAAAUGGCCAAGUCAAGCUGUGCGACUUCGGCGUCAGUGGGGAGUUCGGAACCAAGGGUGACGCCAACACAUUCAUUGGCACCUCAUACUACAUGGCUCCCGAACGUAUACAGGGGCAAUCUUACACCAUCACUUCCGAUGUCUGGUCGCUUGGUGUGACGUUGCUCGAAGUGGCUCAACAUCGAUUCCCAUUCCCUGCCGACGGGACUGAAAUGCAACCUCGUGCUGGCCUCAUCGACCUGCUGACGUAUAUUGUUGCCCAGCCUAUACCAAAAUUGAAAGACGAGCCCGAAAACGGCAUCAAAUGGAGCGACAUGUUCAAAUACUUCAUUGAAUGCUGCCUAGAGAAAGAGCCGAGCAGAAGAGCAAGACCGUGGCGAAUGCUGGAACACCCGUGGAUGGUUGAAAUGAAGGCCAAGAAGGUCAGCAUGUCAACAUUCCUCAAGCAGGUCUGGGAUUGGAAAGAUGAAUGAUUUUUGUGCUUCAUUGGCGGGUCGGCCAUCGAUAUGAAUAGCAUGGACGUGCAAUGAUCUGCGGGGUACAGCAGCGGCCUCUCCGCUAGAUACAUCACAACCUGACGAACAGAGGACGGGGAUAACGACCAGGCUUCUCGUGUCCACACGAAAUGCAGCCAUGAUCAAGAGGCGUUUGGAAAGAGCCUGUGGCCAUGGAAGAGAAUUGGGUACAAGUUGGAGUGAAAUGUGGUCUACAGGGGUAAAUGGGUAUUAAGCAUGAGCAUAAUGAGCAGAGGAGUCAACAGUAAGCACUGGAUUACAGCUCGCACGGUACAUCUCUACACGUUGCCGCAAAACCAUUUGAUCAAUUGAACCAAACCAACUUGGAGGGUCGCUUCUUGAUACUGAGUCAGACUCGACUGUCCCUGACAUCCCUGACAUCCCUGCAUCUAUCUAAA